AUGGUGAAGCUUGUAGCGAAAACUUUCUAUGAUAAUUAUACUCCGAAAAACAAUAAUCAGAAGAAAUCUGCAAAAAAUGGCAGCGGAGGAAUUGCCGUUUUGGUGCUGGACGCGCUUACAAGGCGGCAAUGGGUUCGAGAAGAAGACUUGGCAAAAGAGUUGAAGUUAAACACCAAGCAACUUCGUACGAUAUUAAGAUACUUUGAAGAACAACAAUUUAUCAUGCGUGUUCACAGGAAAGAGAAGUCGAGUGCUACAACUAACGGCCGAGGAGAGGACAAAGUUAAGGUCCACAUGUACUCGUAUUGCUGUCUUGAUUAUUCACAGAUAUAUGAUGUUAUUCGUUACAAACUGCACCGGAUGAAGAAAGAAUUCAAAGAUGUACUAGAAGAUAAAGAUAACGUUCAGGAGUAUGGCUGCCCUAACUGCAAAAGGAAGAUUUUUUUUCAUUGUGAAAAUUGCAAUGGUGAACUUGUUAUGGAAUGUAACAAGCUAACUUCCGAAGAAGUAGUAGUAGAUGGAAGUGACAAUCCAAGGAGUCGGCGGGAUCAUCUAAAAGAUUUGCUUCAGAAUAUGGAGGUUCGACUGAAACCUCUGAUGGAUCAUAUAAACAGAAUAAAAGACCUACCGGUUCCUAGCUUUGAAUCUUUUCCGGCAUGGGAGACUCGUGUAGCUAAGGCUGCUCGUGAAAAUGGUGACCUUAACCCUGAUGAUACUUUGAGGCCACAGGGUGGGUAUGGUUCAACACCGAUGCCAUUUCUCGGAGAGACAGAGAUUGAGGUUAACCUUGGUGAAGAAAACGAAGAUGUCAAAUCUGAUGAAGUUGGAGAUUCUUCUAGAAGGAAACUCACGCCUUCAUGGUUGAUCAAGAAAGGAAUGAAUCUGUCCGAUGAACAAAGAGGAGAAAUAAGACAUGAAGCAAAGGCUGAUGAUGGUGGCUCAUCUAUGGAGAAUGGUGAUGAUGAUAGGAAUUUGAAGGAUGAGUAUCUCAAAGCUUACUACGCGGCUAUACUGGAGGAGCAAGAGCUAGCUGAAAAGCUGAAUCAGCAAGAAUCCGCAGGCAAAGUAACAACUGACAUUGAAUUGGCUACUUCAUCCUCAGAUCGUCAGGUUGGUAUGAAGUCCAAACGUGAAGAGGAAGAAGAAGAAGAAGCUUCUGUUGCAGCAAAUGGAAACUACAAGGUGGACUUGAAUGUGGAAGCAGAAGAAGCAGAACAAGACGAAAACGAUGUCGAUUGGCAAGAAUGCUGA